UUGACAAAUCCGUCAUAUCUUUCGACAAACAUACAAUAACAGUAACAAAAAUUUAUAUGUUGACCACACAAACAAUUAACUAUUGAAAAAGAGUGUUAUGUGUACAUGACUUUGGUUUUGGGUCGAUUUCAAUCUUGUUUAAUAUAGAAUUUUUCAUAUAAAAAUGAACUCUCUGCCGUAUAAAGUUUAUUAUUCCCGUGGAAACCAUAGCUGUCACCGAUGUUGUACAAUGAUACAAGCUGGACGUCAAAACACAAAUUUGGAGAUGGCUAUUAUGAUUCAGUCGAACGAAGAUGAUUGCCAGUUACCGCAGUUUUACCAUAUGAAGUGUUUUUUCAAAACGUGCCUCCCACGUACAGAAGCUGCUUUCGAUGGAUAUGCAAACUUGCGAUUUGCCGACCAAUUGGCUAUAAAAGUACAUUUAGGUACGAUGGAAGUUGACUCGGAUGAUGAUGAAAAACAACCAAGACUACCUGAUUUCGCAAUCGAAUAUUCAAGAGGAGAUUAUGAUGAAUGUAUUGGUUGUCAGCAAAAUAUAAAGACAAAAGAAUUACGUAUAAUGAACGUUGUGUACGAUACAAAACACAAUACCGCGUUCGAUGGUAAAGCCAAUUGGUACCAUGUUAUAUGCUUUGCGCGUACAAGAUCUGAACUUGGCUGGUUACAAGGAGCCGAAUCAAUUCCUGGCUUUAAAAGACUAUCAAUACAAGACAAAGAAACAGUUAUGAAUCAAAUACCAUUGAUAAGUCGUGAAUUGCACAAACCUAUUGAGAAAAGAACAAAUCCAAAACACAUUGAUCAUGACAAACUGAUUGAAAUUCAAAAUAAAGAAUAUUACGAACUGUACGAUAAUCUAGCAAAUUACGUGUCCGUGGAUGAUCGAUACACUAUAUUGCGUGCCAAUUUUCAACUAACACCUCAAUCGUCCGUCGAUCUUCUUUAUCAUUUAACGGACAUCAUCAUGUUUGGUGCUUUAAGCCCAUGUAACAAAUGCAAUACGGGAGAACUUAUUUUCGCCAAUUCGGAUUAUAAAUGUAUGCAGAUUUCGAAUUGGUCCAAUUGUGGAAAUAAUGUAAAAGAACCAUUAAGACGACCGACGAUAAUAUCUAGCAACUUGCUAGCGAAAUAUCCAUUUUUAAAAACAAAUCAGCCAAUACGUACUAGAGUGCUGCAUUCAUUCCGAUUGGUUGAUGAAAAUGGACAAGAUUUGGUUUACACACCAUACGAACAUCCUCUUUUUAACAUGGAAUUCGUUUUGAUGGGAAAUCUUAAAAAAUCAAAUCAAGAAAUAGAAAAAAUCAUUCGAAAAAUGGGCGGCACCGUUGUUUCUGUUAUUCAUUCGAAAUUGGCGGCUGUUAUCUCAAAUCGGAUUGAAAUCGAAAGAAUGGGAUUUCAAAUGAAAGAGGCCAAGCGAUUGAAAAUUCAAGUGGUCUCUGAAGACUUUUUAACAGCAAUAAACACCACAGAUCCCAUUCUGUUUAUCAUUAGUGAGUCUAUUUGUGAUUGGGGUGGAGAUCCAUAUGCGCGAAUCCCACAGAAAGAUUUAAUAAGAAAAGACACUGAGUUCUAUACAAAAUCUUUGCCGGAAAAAGUUACUUACAAAUGGAAAGAUGACCGAGUGCCAGUUGACCCAGAUGUUGGUUUAGAAGAUGUUGCUCACGUAUAUUGCCAAAUUUUGAAUAGAAGAAUGGUUAAAUUUUCAGUAAUUUUAGGUGUUGUUGACAUUGAAAACAACAGAAAUACUUAUUAUAGAAUGCAGCUUCUCGAAAGCACCAAAUGUGACUCUUAUUGGCUUUUUGAAUCAUGGGGCCGAAUUUCAACCACAAUAGGUAGUAAGAAACUAACAACAUGCCGUCGCGACGAAGCUAUCGAGCGAUUUAAAUUUGUUUACAAAGAGAAAACUGGAAACAACUUUGGAAACUUGAGAUUUUUAAAACGUCCUGGCAAAUUCUACCAUCUUGACAUAGAAUUUUCGCCGAACAAACAAACAUUAAGCAAUCUGAUACCAAGUACUUUGUCGAUGCCAGUUUUUCAGCUGAUGCAGAUGCUGUUCGAUCUGAACAAAAUGGAAAGUAUGAUGGUUAGUUGCCAUCUCGAUCUGAAGCAAAUGCCUCUUGGGAAAAUUUCUGCUAAGCAAAUUCGUUCCGCAAUGACCGUACUCAAAGAUAUUUCACGAUUAAUUUCACGUAAUGGCUCCACGUACGCUGAUCUACGAGAUGCUUCGAAUAAAUUCUACACUAUGGUUCCGCAUGGAUUUAAUAUAGAACGACCACCAAUCAUCGAUUCCAUCCAAACAGUACAUGAAAAAACUGAAAUGUUGGAAAGUUUACUAAACAUGGAAUUAAUUUAUGAUUUUUUGGACACCAACGAAAAUUCAAAUAAGUCCAAAGUCAACCCACUUGAUGCCUGCUUCCACAAAUUAAGGGCCAAUAUCGAAUCGAUUGACAAAAUGGCAGUAGAAUUUUUGGAAAUUUCCAAUAUUGUAGCUAAUACUCAUGGAAAUACGCACAAUCAAUAUCAUUUGGAGGUCCUUGAAAUUUUUAAAAUUAACAGAGAAGGUGAGGAUACUCGUUUUCAAGCGUAUGCAAAUUUGGGGAAUCAUCAACUGCUCUGGCAUGGUUCUCGGCUUAUGAAUUUUGUUAGCAUCAUCUCCAAUGGAUUAAAAAUCGCCCCUGUCGAAGCUCCUGUGACCGGUUACAUGUUCGGAAAAGGUAUUUAUUUUGCCGAUUGCGUUUCAAAAGCUGCUAAUUAUUGUCGAGCUACUAGAGACAACAAUAUUGGUUUGAUGUUGUUGUGCGAAGUUGCAUUAGGUGUUUCGUCUGAUUUGUAUUUUGCAAAUAGCAAUGUAUCAGGUAUACCAAAUCCGACGUAUCAGAGUAUUCGAGGUUGCGGCAAGACGUUCCCAUUAGAAUAUAAACAAAUAGAUGGGGUCUGGUGCGCAUCUGGCAAUCUAUGUCAAGCACAAUUUCAGACGGGUUUACAUUACAAUGAAUUUAUAGUAUAUGACCCUUCUCAAGUUAAAAUCAAGUUUUUGGUCUUAAUGAAAUUUCACUUCAAUUGAACGUCGUCCAUAUGAAUCGUUGCGGCGAAACAGUAGCUCUUAUUUUUCUCCAAAUAAUACUGCAACAUGAAGUUUUUUUCA